UUUGCGUGGGUUUCUCCGGGGUCCUGUGUACGCCUGGGGGAGGGGCGAGGACUCCAGAGCUUGACCCCCGUUUGCUUCAGUUUCCUCCUGGGUAAAAAGGGAGUGAGGGCAGCCCCUCCCCCUCCUGCUGCCAAUGAGAUCCCUGCAAAGCGCUAAGGGUGGGCUGGCAGCUAGUGCUUCCCCUGGCAGCGAAUGCGCGCGUCCGCCAGCCCCCGUUUUCUGAACUUAGAAUCUCUCUGCCUUGUUCUCCUUAAGCUUCCAUCUCUCUGCCGCCGCCUCCUCUGAGCUGGGAGCUCUCGCCCUCCUCCUGGGGAGCACCGCUCCCCAUUGUCCUGCCCUGACAUCUCUCUCGUUGUGGGCAGGUCCGCAUCCAGCCUGGGCCCAGGAGCCUCAGAGCCGGCCUCCCUCCCUGGGCCCCCCCCCCCCCCCCCCCGGCCCGGCCGAGCACCCACGCCCGGAACCAGAGACAUGGCCCCCGGCAGCCGGAGCCCCCCCUCCCAGGAGUUGGUGACACUCAGGGACAUUAUCGUGGACUUCACCGAGGAGGAGUGGGGGCUCCUGGACCCUUCUCAAAAGGAGCUGUACAAGGAGGUCACGCUGGAGAAUGUCCAGAACCUGCUGUCCCUGGAUGUACAGACCAGAUUCCAAGUAAAUAAAUUGACUGGAAAACCAGGAAUUUUUGUGGAAGAAUGUGAUCUGCAAAGAGUCAUGAGAGAUGGUUCCUGUGACUUCAAGUUGAAAGAAAUCCAUGGUUCGAAUAUUGAGGCAGAUCAACAUCCAAAAAAUGAAUGUCAACUUGUUGAAAUUGGAAAGAAAAUUGGACAGUCUUCAACCCUCAACCAUUGUAAGAAAAUUUCCUCAGAGAUUGAUUGUCUUCAGGACAAUGGAUAUAGCAAAUGCUUCACUGAAGAAGUAGAGCCCUUUCAGUCCCAGGAGACUCCUAGAUCUCAGAGAAUCCACACUGGAAAGAAACUUUUUGAUUGUAACCUGUGUGGAAAAGCUUUUAGAUGGAGGUCCUGUCUUGCUAAACAUCAGAGAGUUCACAGUGGAGAGAAACCUUUUGAUUGUAAUCAAUGUGGAAAGACCUUCAAAAGGAGGUGUCAUCUUGCUAAACACCAGAAAAUCCACACUGGAGAGAAACUUUUUAAUUGUAAUCAGUGUGGAAAGGCUUUCACCUGGAAAUCCAAUCUUGAUAAACACCAGAGAAUCCACACAGGAGAGAAACCUUUUGUUUGUAUUCAGUGUGGAAAGAUCUUCAGAAAGAAGUGUCAUCUUGAUAAACAUCAGAAAAUCCACACUGGAAAGAAACUUUUUAAUUGUAGUCAGUGUGGAAAAGCAUUCACCUGGAAGUCCAAUCUUGAGAAACAUGAAAGAGUCCACACUGGAGAGAAACCUUUUGUUUGUAAUUGUUGUGGAAAGGCUUUCACACAGAGCUCUAAUCUCAAUACACAUCAGAAAAUUCACACUGGAGAGAAGCCUUAUGAAUGUAGUCACUGUGGAAAGGCUUUCACACAAAGUUCCAAUGUUUAUGCACAUCAGAAAAUCCACACUGGAGAGAAGCCGUAUGAAUGUAACCAGUGUGGAAAGGCUUUCACAGAGAUCUCUAAUCUUAAUGCACAUCAGAAAAUCCACACAGGAGAAAAGCCUUAUGAAUGUAAUCAAUGUGGAAAAACUUUUACACACAGCUAUACUCUUAAUGCACAUCAGAAAAUCCACACUGGCAACAAGCCUUAUGAAUGUAGUCAGUGUGGAAAGGCUUUCACAUUCCCUUUCCAACUUGCCUUACAUCAGAAAAUCCACACUGGAGAGAACCUUUUUUAUUGUAAUCAGUGUGGAAAGGCUUUCACAUGGAGGUCCAGUCUUGUUAAGCAUCAGAGAAUCCAUAGUGGAGAAAAACUUUUUAAUUGUAAUCAGUGUGGAAAGGCUUUCACAUGGAAAUCCAGUCUUGUUAAACAUCAAAGAGUCCACACUGGAGAGAAACCUUUUGUUUGUAAUUGUUGUGGAAAGGCUUUCACUCAGAGCUCUAAUCUUAAUGCUCAUCAGAAAAUCCACACUGGAGAGGAACCUUAUGAGUGUAGUCAAAAUGGAAAGGCUUUCACAUUCCCUCUCCAUCUUGCUGUACGUCAGAACCUUUUUUAUUGCAAUCAGUGUGGAAAGGCUUUCAGAUGGAAGUCCAGUCUUGCUAAACAUCAGAGAAUCCACACUGGAGAGAAACCUUAUGUUUGUAAUCAGUGUGGAAAGGCUUUCACCAAUAGCUCUAAUCUUUAUGUACAUCAGAAAAUCCACACUGGAGAGAAGCCUUAUGACUGUAGUCAGUGUGGAAAGGCUUUCACAUCUCCUUACCGCCUUGCUGUCCAUCAGAGAAUCCACACUGGAGAGAAUCUUUUUGAUUGUAGUCAUUGUGGAAAGGCUUUCACACAGAGGUCCAGUCUUAACAAACAUCAGAGAAUCCAUACUGGAGAGAGACCAUUUGUUUGUAACCAUUGUGGAAAGGCUUUCACUAAUAGCUCUAAUCUUAAACCACAUCAGAAAAUCCACACUGGAGAGAAACCUUAUGAGUGUAGUCAGUGUGGAAAGGCUUUCAAAUCCAGCUUCAUUCUUGCUUUACAUCAGAGAAUUCACAAUUGGGUGAAAACUUAGGAAUGUAAUGUGGAAAGGCUCUCAGACAGAGCUGCAGCAUUGCUGGACUUCUAGAAGUCCACACUGAGGGGGAACUACAUAAGUGUAAUCAAUGUGGAAUGAUUUCACACUGAACAACUCCACUCUUGAGAAGCAAUAGAGAAUUCAUACUUGAGACAAACUGAGCUUUUUCCUUACCACACUUGAGAGGAACCUUAUGCAUAUUAUCAGGGUGGUAAUGCCUUCAGGCAAGAAGCAUCUCUUAUUUCCCACCUCAGAAUUCAUAUUAGAAUCUCAUCACUGUCAAGGAUAAGGGAAGUAAUUUACAUGAAUUUCAGAGCAUCUUUAGUAUUAGAAAAAUUAUUCUGAGGAGUUCCCUAGGGCUUAAGUGUGGGAAGGCUUUUAGCUAGAGAUAUAAAGUGAGUAUACAAAUCAAACAUUUCCUGAGAGCAAAGUAUAAAGGAAUUUAUUUAAAAACAAUUUUUAGGUAAACAUUGUUUUUCUAUUUUGAAAGAGGAAAGCAAGUUUGCAUAUUAGUGAAAUGCAUGUGCUUGUUUAGUUUUAGACAAAGAAUUCUUACACUAUCCUUUAAUAUUGCCAAAUUUUUACAACCCCCACAUUUAGUUAUAUGAUUUCUCAUGGCGUCAAGACCCACAGUUUCUGAAGCUUUGUGCCAGAGCACAGCCUUUUCUUAGAUAUCCCAACAAAAGAGACCUCAUCACACAUCCCAAAUUGUAUCCAAUAUAUAAAUACCUAUAUAUGUGAUAAUUUGCCUCUAAUCCUAUUGUCAUAAGUGUUCAAUAAUACAUAGUAUUCAUAGAGUCUCAUUCCCUGACUAAUUGGUACUCAUUACUCUUGUAAGAAUGAAAGUUCACAGAAGGUCACUAUAAACAACAGGAUUAUAUGAUGACCAGCUCUGAGGGAUGUGGCUCCCUUCGACAAUGAGAUGAUUCAGACCAGGUCCAACUGUUCAGUGAUGAGAGUCAGCUACACCCAGAGAGAGAACCGUGGGAGAUGAGUGUGGACCCAGAAUAGCCUUUCCACGCUUUCUGUUGUUGGGUGCUUGCAUUUUUCUUUUUCUUCUCAGGGUUUUUUUUCCCCUUAACUUCUAGAUCUGAUUUUUCUUGUGUAGCAGGAUAAUUGUAUAAAUAUGU